AUGCCGGCCAACGAUCGCAAUAGAUCCCUCAACAUCCUCGUCGCCGUCACCGACCCGUCCUCGCUCAAGUUCGGCGGCGGCAUCAUCUCCCGCCUGCAGCGCGUCGACAAUGUCUCUCUCAAGGUCAUAGCCUGCUGCGAUCUCCCCAGCUCCGCCCACAUCAACGUCCCCUCCUGCCUGGAAAAUGUCUGGCACCGCUACAAGAGCGACGAGUGCGCGAAGCCCGAGUGGCACGAAAGCUUCAUGGACACCCGAGUCGCGGAAUAUUGCAUGUGGGCCGACCUGCUGGUGCUGGCACCCCUCGACGCAGAGAACAUAACGCGGAUGCUGCACGGCUUCACCAACAACCUCCACCUACAGAUCCUGCGGAGCUGGGACGUCUCGAAGAAGAUACUUCUCAUCCCGGGCAUGUCCACCCUCAUGUGGGAGAACCCAAUGUCAAGGAAGCAGAUCAGCAAGAUACGGCGGAAAUGGAAUUGGAUCCGGGUACUGCCCCCAUACCUCUGGACAUUCGACAGUCAAGGCCGGAAGAACCAAGCGUGGGAAGGCUCACGCGCCUUCAACGAAUCCAUCCAAACCCAGAUCGACCUCAUGGCGGUCGGCGACCGGACGAUAAGCCUACCCAUCGCACAUCUCCCCACCCUCACGCCCACGAAAAGCAAAGGCCCACGCCUCCCCCCAGAACUCUGGUCGAUGAUCCUAGAAUUCACCGAGGACUGGGAACUCGCCGCGACCCUAAACAUCCACACCACCCUCCCCAUCCCCCCAGAAUGGCGCCAAUCCGCCAGCGAAGAGGGCCCCAAAACCCUCAUGCAAAAGCUCGAAUGGACCCUCCUCACCAGCACCUACUCCGAAAUCUCCACGUUCUUCGACACCGACAAGCCCACGCGCAUCUCCCGCCUCGGAAUUGAAGUCAUAAUGCGCUUCGGCAUGGUUCCCGUACUCCGCCACCUCGAAUUCUACCACAAGGAACUCUUCUGGGGCACAUUCGGCCACGCCUUCCUCCCGCACAAAGCCUCCGUGUUCGGCAAGACGGAAAUCCUCGAAUACUGGCGCACCUCGCCCACCUUCCUCACGAAAGAAUACUCCCCGACCGCCAUGGACAACGCCUCGCGCUCGGGCUCCAUCCAAGCCCUCGAAUGGUGGUACAACUCCGGCCUGCCCCUCAAAUACACCGAAGCCGCCCUCGAGCAAGCCAGCUCCCAAGGCCACAUCCAAGUCCUCAACUGGUGGAAACAACACUCCAUGUACCGCUCUACCCCUCCCACCUCACCUCCCUCCCCUUCCACCACAACCCCCUCUCCCGCCCAACAGCAAGACCUCCCCCUCAAAGUCGGCAAAUCCAUAAUCUACGCCACGCAAGCCGGCAGCCUGCCCGCAGUACACUUCUGGGUCGAAUCCUCCAUCCCGUUCUCCCACGAAGACUCCAUCGCGAAGCUGGCCUCCACCCACGGCCACACGCACGUCCUCGCCUACUGGCGCAAGCUGCGCGGCGAGAAAAUGCUCUUCGACAACCAGGUCCUGGUCGGCCCGACCAAGAUGGGCCACGCCGUCGUGCUGGAGUGGUGGAAGCGCAGCGGGCUGAGGGUCGAGUACAAGACGUGCGACAUCGAGGAGGCGCUGGAGGAUGGGGUGGAGGGCGAGAAGGGGGAGGGGGUGAGGAAGUGGUGGGCGCUUAAUGGGUUGAAUUUGGGGGUUGGGACGAGUGAGUGGAUGAGGGUGAAGAUUUUGGGGAGUUGA